AUGACCCAGUCUUCUUUUAACGAGAAGUGCCAAACGACAGCUGAGUCGUAUGAAGUUCAAGGAAACGCUGCCGGGGAUGUUUCGCAAUACGCAGCUGUAGCAGAGGUCGAGAAACACACGACUUGGUUUGUCUGGCUUCUUGUGGCUUGUUGUACAAUAUCAGGGUUGUUGUUUGGUUAUGAUACUGGUGUAAUUUCCGGUACUCUAGUUACCAUCAAUGGGGAUCUUGGGCCGGCUCAAUUAUCAGACGGACAGAAGGAAUUCAUCACGUCUGCCACCACAUUGGGCGCAUUACUCGGGGGCCUUGCUGCUGGUGCUAUAUCAGACUGGACGGGCCGUCGACCCGUCCUUGGCAUCGCAGACAUCAUCUUCAUCGGCGGAGCUCUCGGACAGGCAGUCUGCCAUACGGUUUGGAGUAUGAUUGGUUGCCGGCUCCUCAUCGGUAUCGGCGUGGGUCUUGCAUCCUGCAUCGCACCUCUGUAUAUACAAGAGCUGUCACCUACACGCCUGCGCGGGCGCAUGGUUGUUUUGAACGUUGUAAUGAUCACCUUUGGGCAGGUAGUUGCAUAUGGAAUCGAUGCAGGCUUUUCAAAUGUGAGUGGUGGUUGGAGGUGGAUGGUUGGACUUGGUACCGUCCCAGCUGGUAUUCAAUUGAUAUUUUUGGCGUUCUUACCGGAGAGUCCAAGGAUACUUAUCCGGAAGGGCAAUAUAGAGGCUGCGCACAGAGUGUUGGAACGUGUCUACUCGCAAGCCACGGCUGAACAGAUUGAUUUACAGCUCCAGGUUCUCCGAGCAUCGGUACAGCAGAGUAUCGAUAUCGCAAAUUCCACAACCUUCUUUGAGCGCUUUAAGUCCAUGAUCACUGUUCCCGUAAAUCGUAGAGCACUGAUCAUCGGGUGCGGCAUGCAAGCGUUCCAACAACUCUGUGGAUUCAAUACACUCAUGUAUUACUCUGCAUCACUCUUCCAGGAGAUAGGGUUCGACCAGCCUACGGCGGUUGGACUCAUUGUCAGUGGGACAAAUUUCAUCUUCACGCUUUUUGCGUUGAAGUAUAUUGAUCUCGUGGGACGACGGAGGAUCAUGGUGUUCUCUGCACCGGGCAUGGUUUUUGGCCUCACCCUUGCCAGCAUCGCGUUCUACUAUAUGACACUGCAUACAGGUGGCGAUCUAGUCAAUGGCGCGUCUUACUCCAGAUCAUGGUCAGCGAUUGUCCUUCUCUCUAUGAUCAUCUUCGUCGCAUCGUAUGCAACGGGCUUAGGAAACGUCCCGUGGCAGCAAGGCGAGCUCUUCGGACUCGAAGUCCGCGGCAUCGGCACAUCGCUCUCGACUGCGACAAACUGGGCUAGCAACCUUCUCAUUGGCUCUACAUACCUCUCUCUCAUGGCGAAAAUUACCCCCGCCGGUGCAUUCGGGUUCUAUGCAGGACUGUGCCUAUUAGGAUGGCUGUUUUGCUUGUUUUGCUUCCCUGAGAUUGCUGGGCUGAGCCUCGAGGAGGUCCAGGGGAUCUUUCAGGAUGGUUUUGGGAUCCGAGAGAGCCAGAGAAUGAGGAAUCAAAAGCGAGAGAUGAGGAUGCAGCAAGAUAUCAAAGCAGGGCGGGGAGAUGCGUGA